AUGAUGUCAAAAGAACAAAGGAUUUGCACGUGCCAGGCGGCUGAACCGAUGCCCCAGGUGUACAGAUUCGACUCAGAGACCGAUCCGGACAUUGACGUCGUUGAUGUAAACGAUAACACCUACAAAUGCCACAAAGCAGUCUUGAGCCAGAGCGAGGUCCUAGCCAAGUCCUUUGAUCCACAGCUAGGCUUCAAGGAAUCCAAGGAAGGUGUCAUUGCGCUCACCCACGAUGACCCCUCCGAAGUGAAAGCCAUGCUCGACUACCUAUACUCCAAAGACUAUUCAAGUCCGUAUGGCGAGAAAGAAGAAUCCCUUUUGUUCCACGUCUCUGUGUACACACUGGGAGAAAUCUACGCAAUCAAUGGCCUAAAAGAGCACGCUAAAAAACGCUUUUGGUUGGCUGGCGAGUACAUCAAGAAAAGCCAUAUCCUCGCUUCAGCUAUCCAGGCUGUCUAUGAGGCCACUCCAGAAAGCGACAAGGGCUUAAGAGAUGUUGUUGUGAUUAUGGCCAAACGGCAGAUCGAACAGCAUAUGAAGAACCGCGAAUUCAGGGAGAUGAUGGAUGGUCUUGGACAAUUUGGAAAGGACCUUGUGGCGGGGUCUAGUGUAAGCUAG